GAGCGCGAAACAGUCGGAGGCUAAAGCGACGCGUGCUCCUCAUGCUUCCAUACUUGGCCUCGGAAAUGAGCCUUCUCUUUCAUACGCUUUGAGCUCCGAAGCUCUGUCGGCUUGUCUUAUUUCCCAAGCAAAGUGAAGAAGCUCGCUCUUCUGGGUCUCUCAGAAUUUUCAUGUGAACCGCCAAAAUCAACCAUGACAGAUUAAGAUACCAUGAAAGAGUUAAUUAAUUUCAACCAGGUCCUCUUAAGCAUGUAGAGAUUGAAGAGUGCCUUUAGUAUUAUAGAAUAGUCUGGUAUACUAAGCUUUCUCUAAUGGGUGGAGUUAGGCUUUCCAUAUUGAAAUCACUUUGCAAGUCUACCAGUUGCUCUUAUGCGAAAUUUGGCAGUUACCAGUAUAUAAGACCAGCAUAUGCUUUUGUAAAUCGCAGUUACUAUUCUAAGGAAACACAAUCUCUUAAAACUUUUGCGAAGAUGCAUUCUAGAGCAUUGGGUUCUGAAUCACUUGCCAACAUCCAAUCUUACAGAACCAAACCCAUUUCAGCAUUUUCACCCACAUUGUCAAAUUCACAUAUUAGGAGUGCUACUCCUCUUUUUUUGGUAAAUCCAAUUUUGAAUAGCCGUUCAUACUCAUCAUCUGUUGGUAGCAAUGCUGAUAAAGCUGGGCAACCAGGCCUAGGAGUUCCGGCUGCUUCUGGUGGCAGUGAAGUGGAUAUUGGUAAUAGUGGUAUUGUUGGCAGUGAUUGGGUUGCUAAGGUUAAGGAUGCAUGGCAGAGUGCUGUGGACGCAGCAACUUAUUCUGGACAGAAGGCUAAAGAAACCUCUGUUGAGCUGUCGCCUUAUGUUCAGCAGUUGCUGGAUUCCUAUCCACAUCUUAGAAAUGUGGUUGUUCCUGUUGGUUGUACUUUGGCAGGUACUAUAUUUGCUUGGCUGGUGAUGCCGAGGCUUUUCAGGAGAUGUCACAAGUACGCAAGUCAAGGGCGCACUGCGUUACUAUCAGGACGCCUAUCUGAGGAGCCAGUUCCAUAUGAGAAAAGUUUUUGGGGUGCUUUGGAGGAUCCAGUGCGAUAUCUAGUUACUUUCAUGGCAUUUUCACAAAUUGGCAUGCUGGUAGCACCGACCACUAUAGCUUCUCAGUAUCUUGCACCGGCAUGGAGAGGGGCAGUUAUCCUUUCAUUUGUGUGGUUUCUGCAUCGGUGGAAGACAAAUGUGUUCACUCGUGUAUUAGCGACUCAAAGUUUGCCUGGUCUUGAUCGGGACAAGUUGCUAGCUAUAGAUAACAUUUCAUCCAUUGGUCUUUUUGUGAUUGGGAUAAUGGCUUUAGCUGAGGCAUGUGGGGUGGCUGUGCAAUCAAUUCUUACAGUUGGUGGCAUAGGAGGAGUUGCUACUGCUUUUGCUGCCAGAGACGUCCUUGGAAAUGUUCUAAGUGGUUUCUCUAUGCAGUUUUCAAAGCCCUUUUCGCUUGGGGAUACAAUAAAAGCUGGAGCUAUAGAAGGUCAAGUGGUGGAAAUGGGACUUACUACCACUUCGUUAUUGAAUGCAGAGAAGUUCCCUGUCAUAGUUCCGAAUUCACUGUUUUCAAGUCAGGUAAUUGUGAACAAGUCGCGUGCGCAAUGGCGUGCCAUCGUCACCAAAAUUCCCCUGCAAAUUAAUGAUUUGGAUAAGAUUCCCCAGAUAUCAAAUGAUAUAAAGAGCAUGCUAAGGUCACACUCGAAGGUGUUCUUGGGAAAGGAGGCCCCUUACUGUUUCCUGUCUCGUCUAGAAAGUUCAUUUGCCGAAUUGACUCUUGGAUGUAACCUCAAACAUAUGAGCAAAGGUGAGUUGUACUCUACUGAAGAAGAGAUUAUUCUGCGGUCAGCCCAGAUAAUCAAGGAGCAUGGUGCUAGGUUGGGCAGCACCUUCCAAGAUAUGACCACUCAAUAGUCUCACGAAUUAUAUGACUGCUAUCAUACAGAUAAAAGUUUUUGAUGAAUAUGAGUCACCACACACAACACUAGUUUGUCUUGACAAGAGAGCUGCAUAUAGGAUCCAUUGUGUAAUAUCCAUUGCUGUGUCUUUUUCAACACAAAUGUCAAGGUUUAAUCUUUUGUGUGCAAAUAUUGUAUGGAAUCGCCCCAUCCACUCUAUGGUGGGUGAGAUUUGACCGUUGCAACGAACCGGGUUUCAUAUUUGAAAUGUGGUUGCAGGCUCAACGCCAUUUGGUUGAGAAAAA